AUGGCCGUCAAACGGGAACUUGAUGUCCAGGUCCAUUCCAUGGAGUUUGAUGAGGCCGAUGAUGUGGACUACAGUAUGGUUGCCAAAAGGCUUGUGCAGCUCGAGGCACUCGACAUGUGGGAUGCUACGAACUGCGCCGCGAACACGCUCUGGGCGUUUGAGCGCCUUGAGAAACCUCCGAUACAACUCUUCGCGCAGGCCGAUUGA